UUAAUUAGUGGCAAAAGGAAGCAGAGGUGCUGAAAUAGACUCUGAGGUAGAACGUUAAAAAUAAACUUUCACGAACAGUUCUUCGAAAGACCACAAAAUCCUCGGCAUAUCCUACCAGGAUCUAGCAUCCUAAAUUCGUGUGGACUGUGGAAGGGUGUGGGGGUGAAAGAGGGGCGGGGAAAAAGACUCUACGUGUGCGUGUGUGUAUGUGUGUGUGUGUCCAAACGUAUUCAUUCCCUGCUGUCUACCCUCACCCUUUCACGUUAUCUUCUGUUCCCGGAUCGUCUGCACAAAGUCUGGCACGCGCCGAGUGUUUGGGUGUGAGUGUGUGUUCUUGGUCAAGCCGGCGUCUGGCGCAUCGCUGUCCUUAUAUAGAAGACAUCAGCACGUGUGAUCGAGUUGGAGGAGAAUCACAGCUCCCACAACAUCUUACACUUUAUUCUGCUUUCAAUGCAAAAAAAACGCCAGAAGCUUAAAUCUCUCAGCAUGCUUUUAUAGCUGACAGUCUGCGGCGUCUGGAUCUCCAAAACGCGUGACUGCUAUCAAUACGCGGAACAAACUUUACACCGGAAAGUCUUGUUCAUACACACCUUCCUGUCCAUAUGCUGAAUUUAUGAAUGCCAUAUAGCCUACUGAGGAAUGGAUGGGAUGCUGAAGAAGAUACAAAUUCACUGACAACACCCUGGUAAUCCACCUUUUCUCCCGGUGAUCAUCAUCUCCCAGCUGGUUGAGGAGAAAGGUGUGAUAUUGAGCUGUGCGCUUGGUGAAGAUGAUGCUGAGCCCGGAUCAGUGUGAUCCUGACCUGCUGUGGACACACUCCGACCCGGAAACGGUCUUGGACGUCAUUAAAGCGGAGCGCGUCCCCGAAGAGUCUCCGCUAGCAGACGGCAAGCAGCGCGCGCUCGCGCCCCCGUCCCUGACGCGGGAGGAGAAACGGCGGCGGAGGCGCGCGACCGCCAAGUACCGACUGGCGCACGCAACGCGCGAGCGCAUCCGCGUCGAGGCCUUCAACGUGGCGUUCGCCGAGUUGCGAAAGCUGCUCCCUACGCUUCCGCCCGACAAGAAGCUCUCGAAGAUUGAGAUCCUCCGUCUCGCUAUCUGUUAUAUAUCUUACCUGAAUCACGUGCUGGACGUGUGAUAGACCUGGAGAACAUGUCAAACUGUAGAAAGCAUGAUCAAUCUAUCAGACUUUUGUUAUAGGAAUACUGAUAUCGUCUGCCAGAUGUUAGACAUAGACUACAGUGCAGGGAGUAUAGUAAUUGCAACAUCUGUUCAGGAUGGGUGAAAGAUAUUAAACUAAUAAAUGAAAUGUCCUAAAUUGACAUAGACAUACAUUAAAUAUGUCCCCUCGAAGAUGUCCCCUCAAAGGAAUCAGGAAAACUUCAGGCAGAUUGGUGCAGACUGCAAGCAUCCUGCUGACAUUACUCUUUAUUUGAAUACAUUAUUUAUUCAUUUAUUUAUGUUGUAAAAAGUUGUACAUUUUAUGUCUAGCCGUGUUAUAAAGAUUAUUUAUUUUAUUGUUAAUUUAUUGUUUAAUUGUGAAUAGGUCUGUGCAAGGUGUUUCCUAAAAUAUACAGUAAUUCAUAAUAUAAAUGUAUAGUGUUUAAGGGUAUGUUGUCGCUCUAAGCUCGCACAUUUCAAUAGUUAAUGCUACAUUACGCAUGCAGUGAUCUGGACAUUGCAGCAAAGAUGCACUUAAUCUGUUUACAGAGUGCUUACAGAUGCCAUCAUUUCUCCAUAUAACUCUGUGGCGUGUAGAAAAGUCUUUUUGCUGGACUCCUUUUUCCUACUGUUUAGAGAAAAUAAUGUAUUUCACCAAUCAUUAAUGGGAAAUGCAAAUGAAUGCAAUAUUAUCUAAUGCCACAAGAUUAUUUCGAUUCAUAAAACACUUUCUCUGCAGCGAGCAAAACAUAAAGGUGUUUAUUUAUUUUUCCGUUACAGACUAGUUAUUUUCUAUAUAUUGUUUACAUACGUUCUCAUCGUGAGUCUUCAACUAUAUGGUACAAUUGUUUUCGAAUCUGCUUUAUAUCCAAAGAUGCCCUCAUCAGGGGAUUAUGUGUCAUUUUAUAUAGCGGGAAAAAAACAUUGAAUUUUGUGUGUUUAUGGAACGAAAAAUUAAGAAGAAUUAAAAUGAAACAUUCACUGUGUUUGAUUACUGAUAAACUGGGUGAAUAGAAAGUUGGCAUGUAUUAAAGAUGAAGCAAUAUUCUGUCAUGAAUCAUAAAUAUUCAUAAAUACAGAUUGAUUUCCUCAA